GAUGCAUUGAGUGCAGUCGCUUUUCAUUCUCUCUCCUGCACUCGUCGACUCACACCGAACUGCCCCACACUCUCAGCACUUCUGCAAGAAAGGGGAAAACAAAUCAGAAAAAAGGAAAAGAAAGACCAAAUAACAGAGGAAUGAAGCCUAACCGACUGGAAAAGAGACGUGCACGAAGUAUGGGGAGGAAUUGCUAAAAAUAUCUGUCGCUCCGGAGACUAUUUCUUUUUUCUCACGCUUUCACUCUCUAUUUUUUUCCCCCUCUCAUGUCGUCUGAUUCUGGAUAUACCUGUUCUGUUCUGCGGGAUUAAAAAUGACUUAAAAUUCAAUCAACGGCAGGGGAAAGAGAAAGAGAGAGACAGAGAGAGAGAGAGAGAGAGAGAGAGAGAGAGAAGGAGGGAUGAAAAAAGAGGGUUUGUCCUCUGAAGAGAUUCAACGGCGUACAGCUGGUGAGGGCGCGAGUGAGGGAACAUUAGAGAGAGCAAGAGAGUUUGAAGGAAAGAAGGUAUUUUCUCUAUUAAAUGAAGCAAUUGGAUGGACCCUGAGGACUCUUCUACAGUCAAGUCUCAAAGUGCCUGAAAAACAGGGGAGACUGUGUUUUGCCAGAAGAUGUGAAGGGAUCUGUAAACUGAUGAUGAGACGUCCAGAGACAGAUGAAGGGAGCUGACGCUGAGAAAGGAGGAGUGCAAAAAGAAGACUGAUAACCGGCAGAAAGAAACACCUGGAAUGAGGGAUAAGCUCGAGCAGGAGAAAAAAACAGAACUAAACAAAGGGGGAAAUGAACAGAAGAGCAGAAGGCCAGCAGAGGGGAGGAAGAGUGAGGGAGCAGCAGGAAAGCGAAGGAAAGGAAGAAUGAGAGACAGAUUUUAGGGGGAAGAACAACAUAUAAAGAAUGAAAGAAACCGCACAACGACUGACAACAGGGAGCUUUCACAAUAGAAGCUGAACAGAGCUACGUGUAAUGGCCUCAGGUGACAGAGAGGGGCUUUCAGCAAUGGGAACAUUCUGGAAGAAAGGAGAAUAAAUGCAGCUUUUCAUUACAAAGCUAAAAUGGAUACAAAUGUGCAAUUGCCGGUAUAAAUCGACCUAAUUCCCCCACCACACGCACGCUGUUUCAUGUGUGUGGACACAUGGACACACUCCCAUCCUGAGCAGUGAACACACACCUGAGCCUGGACACGUGCUUACCAAACACACACAUGUACACACGGAUGGAGACCACACGCACAGCAUGACCCUAAACAGGCCUGGACACACACCGCUGCCCGUGGACAUGAAGAGCUGAUCAAGUCCUCAUAAAGACACAGACGACAAAGGUCUGUGGAUAAACCCCCUUUCUACCAUGCAAGACUCCCCAACCCCCCAGUCAGAAAAAUCACACCCGCCCCUCAUUUUACAACAUCAUCUGAGUGAUACACAUUCCUCUACUCUUCCCCUUCAUCCAUCAACCCAUUCUCAACCACCCCUCCUCAAGCCCUCACAAAAGCUACCACCAUCAUCUCCUUCUCUGUGCCCAAAGUACACCUACGGCUACCUGGCCCCCUCUACAUCACCCCCAAUCCCACCUCUACCAUCCCUCCACUGGUUGACACUAGUCACAUGUGCCUGCUUCCUGCCAGCUCUGAUAGGACGGAUUCCUGGAGCACUUGCUGGAGAGACGUGGGGGGUGGUCUCCGCAUGUCCCUUCCACUGCGUGUGCCGGAAUUUAUCAGAGUCCCUGAGCACGCUCUGUGCGGACAAAGGUCUCCUCUUUGUCCCACCAAACAUUGAUCGCCGAACCGUUGAGCUCCGCCUUGCUGACAACUUCAUCCGAGAAGUGGGAGGUGCAGACUUCGCUAACAUGACAGGACUGGUAGAUCUGACACUAUCCCGAAACACCAUCAGCUUCAUCAAACCAAUGGCAUUUGCAGACCUUGAAAGUCUCCGCUCAUUGCACCUGGAUGGGAAUCGGCUCAUGUCACUUGGUCCAAGAGACUUAGUGGGCAUGCUAAACCUGCAACACCUCAUUCUAAACAACAACCAACUUAUCAACAUUUCUUCUGAUGCCUUUGAUGACUUCCUGCUCACAUUGGAAGACCUGGACCUGUCUUACAAUAAUCUGCGCAAAGCACCAUGGGAUGCCAUCCAGAACAUGGCCAGCUUGCACACACUCAACCUCGACCACAACCUCAUUGACCAGAUUGCUGAGGGUUCCUUCAGCGAGCUCUAUAAACUUGCUCGGUUAGAUAUGACCUCAAAUCGCCUUCAGACUCUACCACCUGAUCCCUUGUUUGCACGUUCCCAGACAGGGGUAAUCAGCCCCACACCCUACAAUGCAGUAGUCAGUUUGAACUUUGGGGGAAAUCCUUUGCACUGUAACUGUGAGCUUCUCUGGUUGCGAAGGUUGAUUCGGAGUGAUGAUAUGGAGACUUGUGCCACACCAAUUCACCUGGCAGGACGUUACUUCUGGUCAAUACCUGAGGAAGAAUUUACUUGUGAGCCUCCACUCAUCACUCGCCAUACACACAAACUCUGGGUGUUAGAGGGCCAAAGAGCAACACUUAAAUGCCGUGCUAUUGGAGACCCUGAGCCAGUGGUGCACUGGGUUUCCCCUGAUGACAGGAUUAUUGCCAAUUCAAGCCGUACCAUAUCUUUUCGGAAUGGAACACUUGAGCUCCUGGUGACUGUGGCACGUGAUGACGGUGCCUACACCUGCAUUGCAAUCAAUGCUGCAGGUGAGGCCACUGCAGUAAUUGACCUCAAGGUAAUCCCUCUUCCUCACCGAGGAAACGGAACAGUACCUUUAGCCCGUGACCCAGGGUCAUCAGAUAUAACCCGAGGGAAGACAUCCAAUGGGCAGAGUCCCAGCCAGGACGCUAAUGCUGAUGCAAAGGAAGUUAGAGAGGAUGUAGAGAUGGAGCCAGAGGAUGGAGGGACUGAGGGAGGAGAUGAUCAGCUUGUGGAGGUGCAGGGAGUGACCUCCACCUCAGCACAAGUGCGGUGGGAUAUUGGUCGACUGUCAGGAGCAUACCUGAUUUGGAUGUACCAGAUACAGUACAACUGCACUGCGGAUGAGACCCUGGUGUACCGAAUCCUGCCCUCCACGAGUAACAGCUUCCUUCUGAAGAACCUUGUGUCUGGAGCAGACUACAAUCUGUGUGUUCUGGCCAUUUUUGAUGACACCGUAACCUCCAUGGCUGCUACAAAGGUUCUGGGCUGCAUUCAAUUUAGCACGAAGGACAACUACCCAGACUGCCGUUCACUUCAGGCCCAUUUCCUGGGUGGGACUUUAACCAUCCUGGUGGGAGGGGUUGUAGUGGUAACAUUGCUGGUUUUUACCGUGGCACUGAUGGUUCGUCAUCGGGUCUGUAGCAACCAUGAAGACCACAGGGACAUUGGGGACGAGGCUGGAUGCUCAGGAUCAGAUUCUCCGGCCCUUGCUGCCAAAGGAGCCAAUGUUUUUUCACAGAGUAAUGGAAAUGGGGAUGUAAUGAUGGUAGUCUUGCCCAACGGGUUGCUUCAAAAACAGAGAGGGGGAGCAGCAGGGGCUGGAUCAUCGCCCAAGCCACCACCCACCCAGAAACCCAAAACACUGCCCAAGCCCAAAGUGAAUAUGGACCGGCUAAAAGCAGGGCUUGAGGGAGGGCUAGGGUCACAGAGGGCGCUUCCACCUUAUACCCUAGAGACGGAGCGAAUGCCAAUGUACUACAGCCCUAAGAACAUGUCUCCGUCUACACUGCCUCGCCAAUCGCGCCAGUUGUUAGCUGGGCAGAGCAAACUUAAACCCGUAAACAGGGAAGUAGUAAAACGUGCAAGCUUUAGCUUAGCACCUCCCCCUCACAACAACACUGAUUUAAGCGACAGGCGGUUCAGUACAGGUGGGGCAGUGGUGGUAAAACGAGGUGUUACAGACAGUAAAUGGAAUUCGUCUUUGGCCUACCAGAGCCCUGUUCAUGGUGCUGUAAGACGCAAGCGCAGCUCUUCCUUUGACAUGGGCAGCAUGGCCACCACAACCUGUUACAGCUAUGCCAAGCGGCUGAGCAUCAUCUGGACCAAACGUAGUCAGUCGCUGCAUGGCAUGCUGGUCCAGUGCGCCUCCACCACCAGCGCCUCCACAACAACCAGCAGCAGCAGUGGAGAUUCGCAACUACGACACAAGCGCGGUUACAUUCAUGCCUACAACACCACCAACUCCAACUCUAAUCCCAGCCCCACCAGCGCAGACCAAGAGAGGGGAAAAGAGAAGGAAAACAAAAAGGACAAAGGAGAGGAGCUGGAAGAAAGUGUGGUAUAGAUGGAGAGGUAUGUAGUGACAUACAGACUGAAGAAAGGAAAACAGAUUUGAAAAAAGAGAAAGGGCAAGAGAGAGAGAAGGGGAAUGAAAAAGAAAGUAGAGGAGCUUGAGAAAGUGAAGACAGAGAGGGAGGUGAGUUGUAAUGCAGAGGCUGAAAAAAGAAACAAAGGCUGAGGUAAAACACAGAUACAGAGUGGAAAAAAGGAGGGCUAGAGGAGCAAGAGAAGAAGGAGGGCUGGAGGAACAAGACGUGUGACCAAGAUCGGCCAGAAAGAAGGAGAUGAAAGAGGGAGAGUUAACGGGUGAAGUGUGAGGUGAGGUGUGAUACGUGGGUGUGUGAGCUCAGGGGGGAGGCAGCUGUUAAGGCCUGAGCGAAAGGUUGAGUGGAGAGAUGAGAGCUGGAGAAAAGAUGUCACGGGAGUGGGAAAAAGAGAGAGCAGACAAACAAGAAAAAAAAAAUACUUGGAGAGGAGUGGGAGGUAGGAGAAGGAAAGCAAGACCGAAAGAAACAGGCAGGAACCAGACUUGUGACAAAUGGACUACAGAGAGUGAACAUGCACUUGGUGGAUAUAAGAAAUAGACCCCAUGAGACAUGCGUCCAAAGUGGAUUCCUGAAAACAUGCAAUCUUUCCCAAAAAACAAAAGCCUAUAAUAAGAGUAAACAGAAGACCUAAACAAGGGCAGGUAUGAGGCCUGUUUCAGGACAAAGCUUAAGCAGAAAAUGACUUCUAACUAAUGACAAAGUGAUGGCACUGGAUCGGUGAUCAAUUAGCCAUCCUGUCACUCGCACCAUGGAGCCAGGGGCAGUGGACGGAAAUGCCGAGUCAUGCCCGAUCAAUCGGAUACAAUCAUUCGAUAAUGCUGACACCGGCGGGCGGAGAGCUGGUGUUACAGCGAGUUGGAGAACCGAGGGAACAUGAACCAGACAUGGGUGUGAAACGCAGCGCUGGGAUGAUGAAAUGAUACGGGACAGAUUUAGAACACAGACCAAUAAAUGGCUGUGGACUGAGGAGGAAUGGGAUUGGAUGCGGUGCGUGUGUGUGUGUGUGUGUGUGUGUGUGUGUGUGUGUGUGUGUAGAACAGCUAGAAUUGUGAAUAUGGAAGAGGAGCAGAAACACUCCUUUUGUUUACUUUUGUGACAUCACUAGAUGCGCCAUGUACCCAUUACCAUCCAGAAUGUGUUUUCACAAACCAGAGACUGAGGCAUUAUAACAGUGCCCAGAGUCUUUCAUUCAAAUCUCAUAGCCAUUCAGAUUACAUAGAAGUCACAGAUGCAUAGUUCCAGUACAUGAAGCAGAGAGAGAAAAAAAAAGAGAAAAGAGGCAUUGCCAUGAACUUCUGUUUUCUUAUUGAUUUUCAUGAAUGAUAUAGAACUGGAAAAAAGUGCAAUUUUGUUGCAACACUUAUUAAUGGUUAUUAAGAUGACUGUGAUUAUCACUGAGCGUAAAAGAGACUAGAAAAGAAAAUUAAUGAGCUCAAUGAUAAUUAUAACCAUCCUGAUAAUGAUGUUUCUGUUUGAUCUUAUUUUGCCAAAGUAAAUAUUGUUACCUUGACUUGAUAUUCUAAAUAAUGAAAUAAAACUGAAAAAUAAACAUAA